CUAAGUGUCGCAUCUCAAACUCCGCGACAGCCUCGCCGCUGGAAACGUCUGUGCACCCAACCUUUUUUAUUCGCCACACCACAGAGAAACAGACAUGGCUCGUCGCGCAGCACCAGCAAACGCAACACCUGCAUUCUUCACAGCACCUGCACGCCGUCAAAUCGUUGAUCCAAACGAGUCUGCUUUAUCCCGCUUCAUUCGAGAACAAAUCGCUGCUCCAGAAAAAUUACCCGGGAACAUCAGCAUCGUGACGGGAAUGGGUGUGUUUGCAGCCGGAAUUUUUGUUGCUAGAACAUGGGGAGACAUGUUGGUACCUGCGUGAGCAAGGCAGAAACAGAUAGCAGGAUGAGUUUGGCGGUGUUCUUUUUGCGGUGGCCGUCACUGCCCCAAAAAUGGCUUGGUAAGUCAGUUCUUUAUGGUAUAGAUAUGGUCUCCUGAUUUAUCGACCACUCAGAGAAAGUUGUUGACACAUCAUGUUGUACCUGCAUAUCUCCACUUUGAUCUGUCCAUGACCGAACGUAAUAGCUAGCUCACCCAUAAUUUCAUCCAGUCUUAGAGGGUUGAAUAGGUUGUUCCCAAUGCACAUUGCCGUUUAUUGUGAU